GGACGUGUGUUCGCUGCAAGUAUCAUCACUUUACAUUGGUCAUAACGCGAAGAUUCGCUGAAAGCACCUGAGCACAUCAAAGUUAGAAACACUGGGCCUUUAGUGAGCCAACUCGGGUUCAGAUUCAGAAUCACGUGCUGAAGUGUACAAAAGCACCGGGAGGGAAACGAUUCGUACCAUUGUCGACCGUCUUCAGCUGCAGACGAUUGCUUCAUCUAGCAGUGGGUUUCAGGUGAGCGGUGUUGCCUGAGUCUCCAGCUCCUGGUGCAGACAUGAGUGAGGUGAUACAACUUGCUACCCUGGGCCGUCCUUUCCAGUUGGGAAUGCUGUACGACUGCCGUUCAGAUGUUCUGAUCCCAGGCAUCACAUUGUGGGAUUUACAGACACUCCAAAGCAACGUUGGCACGCGUGAUCAGCCCAGCACUGAGUUUCACAUCAUUGCAUCUGAUGCCAUGGAUGAGAAAGCUUCUGCACUUAAUGUGUCAGGAUCUAUGAAAGUCAGUCUCAUGUGUGGGCUAGUGGAAGUGAAAGGGUCUGCAAAAUAUCUCAAAGACACAAAGAGAUCAAAGCAACAAGCACGAGUUACUCUUCAGUACAAAACAACCACCAGGUUUGAACAACUGACGAUGAGUCACUUAGGGAGGCAGAAUAUCACCUAUCGGAGUGUGUUUGAUGAGGGAUCAGCAACCCAUGUUAUAACAGCAGUGCUCUAUGGGGCCCAGGCUUUCUUUGUGUUUGAUCGAAUGGUUUCUUCAGCAGAGAAAUUGCAGGAUAUCCAGGGUAAUAUGGAGUCGGCUAUUAAACGUCUCCCUAAGAUUGCAAUUGAGGGUGAGGCCUCCUUAAAAAUGACAGAAGUACAAAAAUCAAAUGCUGAGAAAUUUAGCUGCACCUUUUAUGGGGAUUUCUCACUGAAGAACAAUCCCACCACAUUCCAAGAUGCCAUCAGCAUCUAUGCAACACUUCCAAGCUUACUGGGACCAGAUGGGGAACAUGCAGUGCCCAUGACAGUCUGGCUUUAUCCUCUCAAUAAACUAGACUCAACUGCUGUUCAACUGGUGAGGGAGGUAAGUGUGGGGUUGCUGACUCGCUGCCAGCAUGUCCUAGAACAGCUCAGUGAGUCAGUGAUGAGAUGUAACGACAUGCAGAAAGACAGAGUUGCCAUUCAGUUUCCCGAGGUCAGGGACAGGAUAGUACAAUUCCGAGAGUUGUGUCAGGAAUGCAAACUAGUUUUCCAGAAGACUUUAGCGAAAGAUCUUCCAAUCAUCCGGGGUGGUGUGGGUGAGGAACAGUUACUGGUGGAUAUACUGAAAGAAAAAGCAGAGUCACCUCUCAGACACCAGUUGCUGAUCACAUGGCUGGAUGACAAGGAAAGAGAGCUGAAGGUACUGGGACAUUAUCUCAGGAUAUUUGAAGACAUACCUUAUGUGAAAAUUGUGCGUGAUUUGGAGGAUGAAUUGAUGGAUUGCACAAUGGACUAUGUGGUUUGCUUUGCCUUUACAACGCUGCAUCAGGAGGAUAUCCAUCUGUCAGAGGCAAUCAAUUACCUCCAAUCGAACGCAGCUCCGAAGAUGCAGACACCUAUUCCUGCUGAUGGAGACUGCCGAGCACAACGUGGUGAGCAGUGGUUUCAUUCAGAAGUUGUAAAACGAAAGAUGAAAGAACAAUCUCAGUUAUUCCUUGAUUUUGCCGUAGCCAACAAAUCACAUGGGAACGUAAAAUUCCUUGUUGCUUCUGUGAAGGAUGAUAGCCACAUAGGAGCAUCAAUUUACUUGUAUGAGGGUUCGUGUAUAAAGAACCGAUGCUUUGAACCUCCAUCGCAGCCCCCAAGAGCUAUGGCUAUUGGAACAACACAUGACAGUGUGACACUGCAGAUACAUCCUCCUAGGUAUGGUAUGGGUGAGAUUGUGGGUUACAAGAUAGAGUACAAAGGUACCCAGCAGGAGGAAUGGACAACUGUGAAUACACAUGAUAAAUCUGAGUCUUUUACAAUAUCUGGGUUACAACCACAUCAGGAAUAUUAUUUCCAAUGCAGAGCUGUGACCAAGGUGGGGGUCAGCAAGGCCAGUGAUAGCUAUAGGGUGAUCACACUUCCUACAAGUUCACCUGGUAAACUGGUCUUUGAAGAUUGUUCACCCAUUGCAAAACUAUCCUGGGAUAGCCCAAGUCAUAUUGGAGAUGGUGUUAAAAUAGUUCAGUACAGGAUUGAAUAUAGAGAAGAAACAGCACUUGCAUCCAACACAGAGGCUUCAUUCUGGAUUAAAGUAAUUACAGCAGAGAGUGAAUGUCGCUAUAAUUUAAUGGGACUGCAACUUCAGACAAAUUACAGAGUCCGAGUGACUGCUGACUGUGGAGAAGCAGGUUCUAGUGUCCCAAGUGAAGAGAUUGUAAUAAAAAUAGGAGAAACAACAAAGGAAAUACCCCAGACUCUUCCCACAGAAGGGCAAUUAAUAUCUACAGGAAACCCUUCCAUUUACAUGUUGAACCUCCAGAAGGAGGUAUUUAAUGAGUCGAAGCAUCUUGUGAACUGCUUCUUUGGAAAACCCAGAAGAGGAGAAAGAAUGAAGACAAUUAUGGUUAUGGGAGCUACAGGGUCAGGAAAGACAACCCUUAUUAAUGGGAUGAUUAAUUACAUUUUGGGUGUGGAAUGGGGUGAUAACUUCAGAUACAAGUUAAUACAGGAAGAGACAGGAAAGUCCCAGGCUGAAAGUCAGACAUCCUCCAUCACUGCAUACAACCUACACUAUCAGGUGGGAUUUAAAAUUGAUUACUCGUUGACAAUAAUUGAUACACCAGGAUUUGGGGAUACCAGGGGGAUAAGCCAGGAUAAAAUGAUUACUGACAACAUUCGUGAGUUUUUCACCUCCCCACAUGGGGUUGAUCAGAUCGAUGCCAUAUGUUUUGUUGCUCAAGCAUCUUUGGCUCGCCUGACUCAGACACAGAAAUAUGUCUUUGAUUCGAUUCUUUCUAUUUUUGGCAAAGAUAUUGCAGAGAACAUUCAGAUAUUGGUGACAUUUGCAGAUGGAAAGCAUCCCCCUGUUCUGGAGGCUUUGAAGGUAGCUGAGGUACCAUGUCCCAAAGAUAAAAAUGGUAUGCCAGUUCACUUCAAGUUUAACAAUUCUGUCAUAUUUGCCCAACGUCCAGUAUCUGGAAAUGCUGCCAACAAGAGGAGCUCUGAUGACAGUGAAGAAGAAGGGGAUGAUGAUAACUUUGAUGCAAUGUUCUGGAAGAUGGGAACUAACAGUAUGAAGAAAUUCUUUAGAGCUCUUGACACAAUGGAACCAAAAAGCUUAGUUUUGACCAAAGAAGUUCUGAGGGAACGUAACCAGUUGGAAGCUACAAUGAAGGGUUUGCAGAAUCAGAUCCAAGUUGGGCUGACCAAAUUGGAGGAACUUAAGAAAACACAAGAGGUUCUGGAACAGCAUCAGAACAAACUGGAUGAAAAUAAAGACUUCGAGUUUGAAGUUGAGGUCACGUAUAAAGUACGGAAGAAUCUUGAACGCAAUGCUUCAAUGGUAAAUGUUUGUAAGAAAUGUGAAUUUAAUUGCCAUGAUCCCUGUACUUAUGCAGCAUCUAUUUUAAAAUAUUGGUGUGUAUCAAUGGAUAAGUGGGGCAAUUGCAAAGUCUGUCCUAAAAAUUGUGGCAUGAGUGAUCACUCAAGGGAAAGGUACAAGUAUGACUAUGAAAAGAUAAAGAAGAAGAAAACCUUGGGUGACAUAAAGAAGAAGUAUGAGAAGGCCUGUGGUGAGAAGAUAACACAGGAGAAGAUCAUGGAAGAGCUUAAGCAGGAAUUUGAGGGGGUUCGGAAUGCAGUGCUGGAUUUGAUUGUACAAUUAUCAGAGAGCAUUAGAAGACUUGAAGAAGUAGCUCUGAGACCAAAUCCUCUUUCCACCCCAGCUUACAUUGACCUCCUGAUUCAGUCUGAGAAAGAUGAAGGAAAACAUGGGUACAUGGAGCGAAUUCAGUCACUGAUGAUGGUGAAAAAACAGGCAGAGUUAAUUGAACAGCUAGCCUGCAAUGACGAGCAGUUAUCAGAGGAUAUGGAACAAAAUCUAUUGACAGGAAAGAAAGAUGUUCGUCAAUUGAUCAAAAGUAAAUGUUCUAAAUUUUCUGAUUGGGUGUUCGGUGAUAAGUAACCGGCAGACAUUUCAAAUGUUUUUGAUGUAGGAAGUCAAAGCUUUAUAUAGCUGAUUUAAAAAAAAUGCUUAUUAUAUAUUGCCUCCAUUCCAUUCCCCGUCUUCCCUCAGUGUUUAAUAGUGCAUCAUCCAUCCACAGUGCUGACUUCCUCCAACCAGCCUGGUGUGUCAUCCAGGUGGAGUUAUCACCAGAGAUUCUUCUGAAACUAGCUGACAUGAGCUGUUCCCUAUCUGUGUCCGUUGCUUGGAGGCAAACCUGCACAACAUCAAUGCUUUCCUUUUUCACAGGGUGCCCUAAGAUGUAUUUCCUUACUUCCUCCCUCAGUACCCUCUGUCUCUGUACCUCCAUCCAUGCAGGGUGACUGGAAAACUUCUCCCAAGUGAUGUCAAAGAACAUAGAAGGUCAUUCAGCCCACUGACCCAAUGUUGGCUUUCAAAUCAUCCCAUUUCCCUGAUAUGCUUGUCAUUUGCUCUCGAUUAAAUGCCAACCAACCCACUCAUUCACAUGUAAAGGAAAGUGAAUAAAGCUGCAGAUGUUGAAUAUCUGAAAUUAAAACAGAAAAGUUUGGAACUGCUCAGUGGGUCGGACAGCAUAUAGUGAGAGUGAACUAGUUAAUGUUUCAGAUCUUUGAUCUUCAUCAGAACUUUCAGAGGCAUCUCAGCAUGAGAACAAAUACAGCAGAGAUGUAGAUUAAAGUGAACAGCCCAGACCCAGUCUUUAACAGUCUCUUUCUUCAGAAAUGCUGCCUGCCUAACUGAGUGCUCCUAGCAUUUCCUGUAUUUACAGUAAUUCUCCCAUCAAUCACAUCCAUGGGGGCUGGGUGAGGCAAUGGGUGUCUGAUGGAGAGAUUUACAAUAACCAAUUAGUUUAUUGACAAUAAGAUAGUCUAAAAGUCAUAAAUCUAAAUGAGGAACAUAGGGGUUUGGGGUACAGAUGCUUCAAAAUUUGCAAAUGGUAGAUCAGAAUCAGAUUUUAAUGAAGACUCAGAUCAAACCUCGAUGCAAAAACCUGCACAUGUUUAAAGUCUGAAACAAAGAGACAUUGAUUCAAUUCAUAACAUGAUUUACGCCUCCUUAAAAUUAGCAAAAUUUAAAAUUGAUCAGUGCUGUGAACUUUACUCAGGGUUGCACUCCAGGCAACUCUCGGUUCCUGCAACUCCCUCCGAAGCUAAAGAACAACUGGACAUUGGUCAACAGCCAUGGAGCUCAGCAGGGAUGAAUGGUCAUAAAUGUGGUAAAUUCCUGGAAUGGUAGGAUUUCAUCUGAAAUUAUUGACUGGAGGGAAUAUUUCCAUUCAGACCCAUCUACCUCCUGAACCUCGGAGUGACUUCGAUAACCCAUGCUAAAACGAAGAAGCUGUCUCCACAAGGUGUGCGGGUAUCCAUUAUUGACUUCAGAGGAAUCUCCUAUGACUUUGAGUUGUGUGCAGUAGAUUCUUUUGGCAAUGGAGAAUAUCUAGUGCCUUCAAGUAUUUCUGAAGGAUUCAGUCCUUCCACUUGGAUGUUCAAUGUCAUGAAUCAGUCUCUAAGCCACUCCUCAUUCAUUGCAGAAGUCCACACAUCUGUGUCCUCUCUCUUUGUUGUUUGGGAUUUGCUCUAGCUUCCUCCUCCAACAUCUGACUGGGAAACUGGAGGGAAAUGUAUUCCCUCAGAAGGUCAAUUAGAAACGUUCCCAACCCCUCAUGCCUUAAGGGCAAAUACAGAGGAUGUAUCGAUCACACCAGGAAUUGACAGUGAUGGUAACUCAGAGGAACUUCUCACCUCACAAACAUAUUUUGCAUUGAUUUCAUCAUCACACCGAGAAGGACAAAUGGAAUGGGACAUGACAUGAAUGAGUACCCUCCUUCCCAUUCCCUAUCCUGACCACUGGGGAAACGGCUCCUUUGACUGCUGGGCACUGUUGUAUGAGGAAUAAUGAGAGAAUUCCCGUGGACAACCUCUAUAGAGGACAUGCCUCAAGGGAAGGACAGUCAUUGGACCCCACGUACACUGGAGAAACAUUUGUAAGAGGAUCUUUAAAGUAUCAGACAUCAAAAUGCAGCUGGAAGUCAAGUGUUGCAAUUAUUAGAAUGUGUUUCAAUUCAGCACAGAUUCCACUGUGAUGUUUACAAAGAACUGUGCAAGUAUGAAGAAGUACACAGAAAUUUUGGGAUCAGAUGGACUGCUCUUGUACAGACUGGCUGGACUUAAAGGAAUCUCCCUGUGCUCAAACCCUUGGGUAUACAUCCUCAAUCUCUGUAUUUUAUUUCACCAGGCAGUGAGGUUCCAUUAGUGAGUCCUUAUUCAAUGUCUCAAAAUCGGAAAUCAGAAGAUUUGAUGAGGUACAGCUUGAUGCAUUCCUGACCAUUUGCUCACUUGGGAUGGAGGCAGAGUGUCCGUAGCCUAGCUCAUGAUGAGAGUGAGUGUUCCUGCUUCUUAGUGUUGUUGUGGCACCAGCCCAACCUGUAGCUCAUGUAUAUUGGAAUGGAGAAGGGAAGAGCUUGAGGCACUCGCUCUAUCGUGCUCCCACCAGUACCCCCAAUACCAGCCAAGGAGAUUACAGCUCUGACUUUGCUGCUGUCCUCAAAAACUUGCAAUAAAGACCUCUAGGGAUGCAGGGAAACCACCGUGUAUACUCAGAAUCCUUUGUUAUGUGACCACUAAUGCCAGGCAGACAAUCUCUAAAGAAAAUUGAUAAUAUCUGGGGUCACCCGUCUUAUAAAAACACUGCCCAGAAAAAAGCAAUGGCAUACCACUUUUGUAUAAAAAGUUGUCAAGACCAAUCAUGGUCAUGGAAAGACUAUGAUCGCCCACGUUAUAGGACACGGCAGGAAACGAACGGAAUACUCUGUAUUAAGCCUGCCAGUACAGAAACAGGCCUCCAUCUGUGUCUAUGUUAGCGAAGUAUUAUCUCUAUUGAUGUAAUUGCACAGUAUUUGGCACGCAGUCUCCUAUACUUUGGCAUUACAAGUAUUUGAAGGGCUCAUCUAAAUUCUUCCUAAGUGUGAGAUUCUCUGCCUCGAAGAUCCCGUUCGGCAGUUUGUUCCAGUUUUCAGCCACCAUCUGUGGCAAAAUGAUUUUCCUCAAACCCGUCUGAAUCUUCUACUUCUCUACAAUCUUUUACUGCGUGAGGGAGUCUUUACCUUUAAUGCGAGCCAGCGAAUCCUGUAGGGAUGUUAAUACGUGCUCCUCAAAGAACGUAUUUCUCUAUCAGGAGCCCGCUGUAGCAUUGUUUUGCCCAACUGGGAAAAAAAAAGUCUAUGCUGUCUCUCCUUAGGACUGAAAUGCUACAAAUUUCAGCCAGCAUGCUAGUGACUCUGCUCUGCAUUCUGUCCCAUACAAUCGCAUUCUCCCUGCGGCGUGUCAGCCAGAAUGACACACAAUAAUCCAGAUCUUUCUUGAAGGAUGUUAUAUAAACUGUACUGUAACCACUCUUUACUAAGAAUCUAUGACUUGGAGUACAAAGACAAGAAUACCCUUUGGCUUCUCUGCUAUCUCUGCUGGGACUGCAAGGUCACAAGCGUCGAAACAGAAACCAAAGGUUUCGUCCGAUCAAGAUGGCGCCAGCGAACAACGAUUCCGCGGGCAACAACUUCCAGAUAGCCAAUCAUUUCAGCUGUUCUAUAUCUACCACUUUUUAACUUAAUUUUAUUUUCGAAAUUGUUGGAGCCCAGGACUUACAGUCUGUAGUUCGAUCGAGUGAGCUAGCUCUCUGCUACGAGGAGAAGCUCAGGGACGAGAUGGGGGGUCAUGAUUGACUACAUCUGUCGCGGAUUAAAGCGUCGAGGUAGAUUGGAACAUCGAAGGAGAGCGAGCUGUUCUCAGAGAGCCCGCUGGUUCGAGUUGCUGCCGUCGGAGAGGUCGUUGCGUCCCGAAGCUGAUAGGUGAUAGAUGAUAUCGAAAUUCUGAGACAUAUCGUUUGGACUGUAGUUCACGUUGGCCUCUUUCAGUCUAUGUUUUUUCGCUCAUUCUUUCUUGUUGGGGAUUGGCAGGCUAGCGGGAGGGGUUGG